UUCCCUCCCUCACCAGUUGCAGCUGCUUCAAGCCUUCACCUCCCGUUGCAUUCGCACCUCGAAUCAUCUGAGCACGAAACGAAGCAAGGCUCCAGUUGCUCAAACUACUACUACUAGUAGCCAUGGCGCGGUCGGCGGGCCACUCGGCGUGGCUCCUCCUCUUCGGGGCCGUGCUGCUCUUCGCGUCAGCCGCGACGGCGCAGGACUGCCUGUCCGCGACGUUCAGCUCCGGCCGGACCUUCGGGCGGUGCAACUUCUUCCCUGUGCUCGGCGCCAGCCUGCACUGGACGUACCACCCGGAGAACGGAACCGCCGACGUCGCGUUCCGCGCGCCGUCGGGCACCAACGGCUGGGUCGGGUGGGGCAUCAACCCCGACCGCGCCAACAGCAUGCCAGGCAGCAGCGUCUUCAUCGCCUCGCAGGACGGCAACGGCGUUGUGUCCGUCCUCAUGACCAACCUGGAGAGCACGGCGCCCAGCCUGACCAACGGGAGCCUCAAGUUCGACGUGCCCGUCGCGCCCAGCGCCGAGUACUCGGGCGGAGCCUACACCAUCUUCGCGACGAUUGCGCUGCCGGGGAACAACACGAACCAGAACACGGUGUGGCAGGCAGGGCCGCUCAGCGGCGGGGCCAUAUCGCGGCACCCGACAUCGGGGCCAAACUUGCUGAGCACCCAGAGGCUGGACUUCCUCUCCGGGGCGAGCGCCGGGGCGUCCAACUCCAGGCUGCACCGCCGUAAUACCCACGGAGUGCUGAAUGCGGUGAGCUGGGGCAUCCUGAUCCCCCUUGGCGCCAUCAUUGCGCGCUACCUGCGCGUCUUCGAGUCCGCCGACCCGGCAUGGUUCUACCUCCACAUCGCCUGCCAGUGCACCGGCUACGUCCUCGGCGUCGCUGGCUGGGGCCUCGGCCUCAAGCUCGGCAGCGAGUCCAUUGGUACCACCUACCAGCCCCACCGCAACAUCGGCAUUGCCAUCUUCUGCCUCGCCACUCUCCAGGUGUUCGCGUUGCUGCUGAGGCCUGACAAGAAGAACAAGUACAGGUUCUACUGGAACAUUUACCACCACUCCGUUGGGUACUCCGUGAUCAUCUUGAGCGCCAUCAACAUCUUCAAGGGGCUCAACAUCCUGAAGCCGGGCAGCGGCUAUAGGACGGCUUACAUCGUCGUCCUGGCGACGCUCGGCGGCAUCGCCCUCUGCCUCGAGCCCAUCACGUGGCUGAUCGUCCUCCGGAGGCGCAAGCGCGACGCCGACAAGUCGCCGGCCCGCGGCGCCAACGACGCCGGCUGGCAGCAGGGUGUAUAACGACCAGAUUUCCGUGUGCAUCGCACAGUCCGUGUGUGUGCUAGUUUUGCUGCGAGCGAUGUGACGUUGUUCUGAGAUAUUGUUGUAUCUUUCUUGUUACUGCUUCUGUAGAAUACGUCAUUUUUUUCUUUCUUCUAUUCUACGGCUCUAUGAUGGCAUUUGCACAAAUAUUUUGUUCUGAUCAUUGAUGUAUGGUUACUUUUUAUUUAUAUGCAUAGUGUAUGGUUUCGAUCA